AUGUUGCCGUUUAAGCACGCAAAUAAGGAUUUGUCUGAAGAAACGUUAAUGAAGCUUUCAAAUUCUUCAACUACUAUCGCUAUGGAUAAUGAAUCUUUAUGGAUGGAUGGAAGAUGGAUAAAAGAUUCUUCUGAUCGUACUUUAAUGUUUCGUGGCAUAAAUUUAUCCGGCUCUUCCAAAAAUCCUCCAAAUAUACCUUCACAUGUACGCGAAGGUUUUUUUGACCAUAGAAAUGUUAGCUUUAUUGGGAGACCUUUUCCCUUAGAAGAAGCUGACCAACAUUUCUCUCGUUUAAGACACUGGGGUUUUAAUUUUUUGAGAUUUAUUGUUACUUGGGAAGCUCUUGAGAACAAAGGACCAUGUUUUAUUGAUCCUCAUCAAGAUGUGUGGUCAAGGUUUUCUGGAGGUUCUGGGGCUCCCGGAUGGACUCUUGAUCUUGCUGGUUUAGAUAUGAAAAAAUUCGGUGCUACUGAUGCUGCCAUUGUUCAUAAUACUUAUCAUGAUCCAAAACAUUAUCCUAAAAUGGUUUGGUCAACUAAUUAUUAUAAACUCGCUUCUGCUACCAUGUUUACUUUAUUCUUUGCAGGAAAAUUAUAUGCUGAAAAAUGUAUCGUUGAUGGUGUUAAUAUACAAGAUUAUUUACAAUCUCAUUAUUUUAACGCUUACAAAACUUUGGCAACAAAAAUUUGUGAGGCCGGCCUUCAUGAUUCUUUGGUGAUUGGUUAUGAUUCUAUGAACGAACCAAGUUGGGGUUUUGUUGGUGCUAAAGAUUUGAAUCAUAUCCCUGAUCAUCAAGAAUAUAAACGUGGAAGAACUCCAACUCCUUUUCAAGCAAUGUUAUUAGGUGAAGGGCACGCUUGUACUUUACAAGUUUGGGAUAUCACUUGGUAUGGUUUUGGUGUUGUUGGAUCGGAACAUAUUGAUCCAAAAGGUGUUACCGCUUGGUAUGAAAAUGAACCAACUGGUUAUACUUGGAAUAAGUCUUCCGAAUUUCCUAAAGGUUGUAUAUGGGCUGCUCACGGUGUAUGGGAUAAAGAAACAAAGACAAUAUUAUGUCCUGAUUAUUUUGCGAAAAAUCCCCGUACUGGUGAACCAAUAAAUUGGAAUCAAGAUUGUUAUAAACCUUUUAUCAUCCAAUAUGCUGAAGCCAUUAGAUCUGUACAUUCAAAUGCUAUUGUAUUUAUUCAACCUCCUGUACUUGAAUUGCCACCAGACAUGCUUAGUGAUCCAAAUCCUCUAAAACGUAUUAUGUAUUCUCCACAUUGGUAUGAUGGGUUAACUUUGACACAAAAACAGUUUAAUUGGUAUAAUGUUGAUGUUUUGGGUAUCAAAAGGGGUAAAUAUCCUACACACCUUAGUGCUAUCAAAAUAGGUAAUAAGGCAAUAAGAAAAAAUUUUGCAGAACAAAUUAAUCUGACUUUAAGUGAACGAGUUAGUUUAGUUGGUAUUGUGAUAGGAGAGAUAGGCAUACCGUAUGAUCUGGAUAAUCGUAAAGCUUACGAAUCUGGUGAUUACAAACAACAAAUCAAGGCGAUGGAUGCAAAUCUACAAGCAUUAGAAAGUAAUCUCGCCAAUUAUACUUUAUGGACUUACGUCCCUGAUAAUAGUAAUGAAUGGGGUGAUCAAUGGAACGGUGAAGAUCUUAGCAUUUAUUCAGCUCCUUUGGAAAGUCUUGAAAAAAUUCAUUCGAUGAUGUCAACACCAGAUUCGAGUCAGGUAUUAGAUUUAGGAGGCAGAGCAUUAGAAUCUUUAUUAAGACCGUUUCCUAUUAAAACUAACGGUGAACCAUUAAGCUUAUCAUUUGACCCCUAUAAAAAAGUAUUUAAAUACAAAUUUAAAAAUGACAAAUUCAACCCAGAAAAGAGUACACCAACCGAAAUUUACUUACCUAGAUAUCAUUACCCCGAAGCAGAUGAUUUUUCUAUUACAUUCUUUAGUGGAUAUGCAGAUUUCCAAAGAGAUCAACAGCUAUUAUUGUAUUGGCAUGAUAUUGGUGAUCCCGCAGACGAUAGGAAUAAUGAUCCUCAUUUCGGAAUUCAUGAGAUUAUUGUUGAGUUCAAGAAACCACUUGUUGGCGGAGAAGGAAUUUGGGAUGAUUGUUGUUAA